UUUAACUUCUAAUUCUCGCGCUAGAACCCGAGAAGUCAUGGUGCCCAGAUUUAAGCUGGAGAAGAGCUACGACUUGAUCGAAAAUCUGAAAGCGAUGGGGAUCGAGGAGCUGUUCACCUCGCGUGGCAACUACUCCGGCAUCUCAGAGGAAAAAAUCACCAUCAACAAGUUCAACCAUCAAGGGACUAUCACGGUGAACGAAGAAGGGACCGAGGCUGCCUCCGUAACCACCGUGGGGUUCAUGCCCCUUUCCACUCAAAUCCGCUUUGUCAUUGAUCACCCCUUCCUCUUCCUCAUCUACGAACACCGUACCAGCUGUUUACUCUUCAUGGGGAGAGUUUCCAACCCCAGCAAGUGUUAAAA